AUGAGUAAAAAGAUCAGCUAUUCAGAUAUUGUUAAUUCAAAUUCAAAUUUAUAGCAAUACAAACCUUAAGACAAACAAUUUAGACCAUCAAGAUUUUUGAAUGAUCUUGAAAGUGUACCUGUUAAUUUUUUUUAAGAGAAAGGAUAUUAGGAUAUAGUUAUUGAUUAUAUGUAUCCAUAAACAGCAAGAAGAAGAAUUGCUAUUGGAAAUGAUAAAUAAAUAGUUAAAAGUGAAUGUGUCUUACCAAGUCUGUAAAACUCUUCAAUUUAUAAAAAUAAUUUCUCCUCUCCUAACCAUAAAAAGGAAGACUUAAGAAAAUCUGAGAUCUUGAGAACUGAUGAGUAAUAGAAUACAGAGUUAGAAACCAUUAGUAGAAAAAUAAAAAAAAUAAUUAAUAGCAAUAAGAGAUAAGUGACAUUUCAAUAAUCAUUAAUUGUAAUUGACGAGUAAAAUCAAAUUACAAAAAUUUAAGAUCCAUAAUAAAUAAAUGAUUAAUAAAAAAGAAGAAAAACAACUUUCAGAUAGAAAACACUAGCUGCUUGA